UCUUAUCUUCUUUCUCUCUCUUCUAUAACGCAUAGUUUCUUUCUUUCUUUCUCUCUCUUCUUUUGCGGAACCCAAACACCACGACGGAGCCUCCGACCCGAAUCAGCUCCGAACACCUUCAUCUGCUUCUCCUUCAUUCGCAUUUCGCUCCCAUUUUCUUCUUCUCGUUCUCUCCAUUACCACCGAAUCUGGUUCUGAAGUUUUUGGUGGUAAAAUUCUGUUGGUAUUGUUUUUGAGGAAGAAAGGUAAAGAGGGUUAUUAGGGUUUUCUUGAAAGCAUUGAUUUUUAUUGGAUAUAGUUAAGAAAAAGGAAGAAGGUUAGGGUUAGAGGAUAAUGUGUAUACUGUGUGUGAUUCAGAAGUUAUCUCGCCGGGUUGCUACUGUGCUACCAUGGUUGGUUAUACCAUUGAUUGGUUUAUGGGCACUUUCUCAGCUUCUGCCGCCGGCUUUUCGGUUUGAGAUUACUUCGCCGAGACUGGCUUGUGUUUUUGUGUUGUUGGUUACUCUCUUUUGGUAUGAGAUUUUGAUGCCUCAGCUGUCGGCUUGGCGGGUAAGGAGGAAUGCUAGGCUUAGGGAGAGGAAGAGGUUUGAGGCAUUAGAGAUGCAAAAACUAAGGAAGACAGCUACGAGGAGGUGUCGGAAUUGUUAUAAUCCGUAUAGGGAUCAAAACCCUGGUGGGGGUCGGUUUAUGUGUUCGUAUUGUGGGCAUGUUUCAAAGAGACCGGCGUUAGACUUGCCGCCAGGGUUGGGGAUUUCGAAUUCUGGCAUUGUUAAGGAGUUGGUUGGUAAAAGUGGAAAGAUAUUAAAUGGCAAGGUUUGGUCUGAAAAUGGAUGGAUGUGCGGCCAGGACUGGUUGGAGAAUGGAAAUUGGAUAGGUGGGCCUGUUCCAGGUAAUCCCGGAAACUGGAAGGGCAAUGAGAAUGCUGGUCUUUUUGGAGGAGACGAGCAUUGUGUAACAGACAACUCGUAUUCCGGUAUUUUGUUUUUUAUUUGUAAAAUUUUGACAUAUUUUUUCUUGAGCAUUAGAUGGCUCUGGAGAAAGAUUUUUAGAGUUAGUUCAAGGGAAGAAUGUUCAUCGGAUGCUGAACAUAGGGCACUCUUAGCAAAACGAGGUGAGAAUGGAGAAAGUCUUAAUGAAAGUAGAGGGGAAAAAGCACGCAGGAAAGCCGAGGAAAAGAGGCAGGCAAGGCUAGAGAGAGAACUCUUGGAGGAGGAAGAGAGAAAACAGAGGGAGGAGGUUGCUAGGUUAGUGGAGGAGCGUAGGAGAUUGAGGGAUGAGAAAGCCGAAGCUGAAAAAGAUCGCACAAGAUCAUUAAAUCCCAGUAAGGAGACAAAUAGCAGGAAGGAAACUGGAAAGAAGCGUCAGGAAAAAAGAAAAGAUAAAGAUAAAGGUUCUAGUAAGAGCAACUCUGAUGUAGAAGAAUUGGAAAGAAGAGCUGGAAAGGAAAGUGAACGGAAGCGUGAUGUUGAGAAAAAAAGUGAAACAGAUCGUAGAGAGAAUCAAAAAUCUGGGUUAGAGAGUGGCAAGGGACAGAGUACAGACAAUGCACAUAGUAAAAAUGUGACUACGAACAAUUAUAACCGAGGAAAUACUGGAACCAGGUACCUUGAUCGCAUGCGGGGUACAUUUUUGUCAUCUUCAAAAGCAUUAGGUUUUGGAAGGGGAACUAAUAGUUCUGCUACUAUGGUGAAAGAAACCAAGUUUAACAGUUCUGUAGAUCAAGUUCAUACUGCUGCCAGCAAGAGAGAUAUUUUCCCUCCUGAACGUCCAACUGCAAAAACCAAUUUGAAUGGAGAUGAUAGGAAUAUCAAUCACUCUGUACUUCCACAACCAAAGCCAUGGACGGCGCCUAAAAUGUCAUGGCAGCAAUUAUUUACUCGAUCUUCAUCUGUUCCACAAUCCUCCAAUUCAAAUGUAAUAUGUAGACCAAAUUCCAAAACUCAAGCAGAAGCCAAAAGCCCUCAGUCAUCUGGCCAGUCACCAGUUACUCAAUCUUUUAACAAUCCAAUUCACUUUGGUCUUCCAUCACCAUUUAAUGUUUCCACCCAUCCAAAUGGUGGAUCAACCAGUAGUAUAGGUUUUUCCCCUGCAAUUGAACAAUUAUUCUCUCCCGUUAGAAAUACAUCACAUGAUUUUAGACAUGAUGAUCAAGAGCUUUUUGAAGACCCAUGUUAUGAUCCAAUUCCAGCUUCCUUGCUUGGGCCUGUUUCAGAGUCCCUUGAGAAUUUUCAGUUGGACUUGGGAACCGGCUUUGGGACGGACAUGAAUGUAGCAAAGCCUCACUCUUUAAAAAACAUAUCUGCGGGUUCCGAUUUCAAUAAGCCAUCUCCGAUUGAGUCCCCAUUGUCCCGGGAAAAGCAUGCUUCUUCUGGAGAUGAUGCAGCUGCUAAUGAUUAUGGAACAUGGCAGAUGUGGAGUACUUCACCGCUUGGUCAGGAAAGCUUAGGCUUGGUAGGUGGCCCAGGAAGUUGGCUUUUAUCCUCACAAAGGAAUGUGCCAAGCAAGGAUGAUUUUAUGCUUCCAUCAGCUCAAAAGACUAUGGCUUCCCUUUUCAACAAAGACAAUAACAUGAUUUCCAAUACCCAUUCCCCUCAAAAUGUUUUUCUUCCAAAUGGUCAGAGUGGCGGCGGGAACAUCAGUCCUGUUACAAGUUCAAGUAGUUAUGAUCCAUGGUCACAAAGUACUUUAUUCCCACCAUUUUCAAGUGGCUUUAAUGGCCAUGAGGGAGCUACACAGACACAGAAUGAAGUUAUAUAUGGAAGUCCCAAUGGAUCUGCUAGUAGCCAUGUACUUGAGGGUUCUCCAGCUAAUGGCUGGUCCAAAAAGGAAUGGCCUCCUAUACAUGGCUCAGCGGAAAGCAUAGGUAAGUCAUCGGUUUCGCGUCCACAUAAUGGGGGUUCACAACCAACCUCAGAUGUACAGUCAUUUUGGUCUUUUGAUUAAGUAGAUGAUAGUGACAGGGGUAAGAGGGACUUGAUAAACACAAAUGUUGUUGAGGCUAUAGUAUAGCUUCUUUUGGGGGAAGAGUUUACAAUUUGUAUCUUCCUUUCUUCUUUUAUGAGGGAAGAUUGAUGUUUACAUGAUAUUAGCAUUGAUGAUAGGAAUACAGUUGGAUGCAUGUCAACAAAGAGAGGUACCCCAUUUUGACGUAAAUUUAUUGUCCUUUGGAAAAUGGUGCCUUCACAUUCCCUCUUGUCAUGGAUAUGUCAAAUAUGCAGCAAUUGAAGCCUUUGUAUGGAAAACUAACUAACAUGACCUCAGUUGCCUAUAAAAAUUGUCAUGUUUCUGUA